AUUCAAAUCGGCCGCCCGCGCGAUGCGGCCAAUCGCCGCGCGGCGCCGCGGUGGUUUGCGUCGCGCGUCCGCCAAUCGUCCGUGAUGUUGUACGCGAGGUUCGUCGCGACAUCGCGCCGCGUCAUCGAAAUACGGUCGUUCGCGCUCCCUGGACCGCAUGGAGGGUCCAGACGCACGGUGGGCGAUCGCGCUCUCAACCGCGGUCAGGUAUCGCGUGAGGACCUGCGCGAGAAUUACCUGAGAAUGCUCGAAAAGUGCAAGUCGAAGAAAUUGCCGCAAGAUGUGAAUCCCAAAGGCGUGUUUGCCUGCAACGAGCUUGACUUGAAAGAGGUCCAAGUCUAUGGAUUCGAUUACGAUUACACGCUGGCGUGUUACAAGCCAUCUAUGGACUACUUGCUUUACAGUCUGGGUCGCGAUAUGCUUAUUAAAAAAUUUAAGUAUCCAGAGGGAAUUGCCAAUCUAGAGUACAGAGAAAAUUUCUUCGACAGCUUCUUGCAAAUUCAAUUGGGGGCCGUUUAUCGUGGUUUGCAUCCCGUACCCGAUGAAGAGGUUCUUCGAAUCUACAAGAACAGGAUAAUACCGAUAGCUUAUGUGGAGGCACCUCAUAAACACUCUUACGAUGCUGUACAUCGCUCGAAAAUGGUUCAAUUAGCCGAUUUGUUUUCGGUACCAGAAAUAUGUCUAUUGUGUAACGUCACGGAGUAUUUUCUACAGAAUCACAUUGAUUAUCAUCCAGAGAUACUUUUUAGAGACGUUAAGAACUCUGUGCAAAGUUGCCAUCCUGUAAUGCAUCAACUAGUAGUGGAAAAUGUAUCUGAAUACCUAGAACAGAAUAAAGAUUUAAGGAGAUUUUUCGAUCGACUUCGAAAUGCCGGCAAAAAGACGUUUCUGGUUACAAACAGUCCUUUUCAUUUCGUUAACAAUGGAAUGCAAUUUCUGGUUGGCGAAAAUUGGAAGAAUUAUUUCGACGUAGUAAUCGUUCAAGCGAGAAAACCAAAAUUUUUCACUGAAGAAACGCGCCCCUUGAGAAUCUACGACGAAGUUAAACAGACGCAACUAUGGGAUAGAGUCACUAAACUCAACAAGGGUAUCAUAUAUCUCGAGGGAACAGUUAAACAGUUGCAAGAUAUGACCGAAUGGCGAGGACAUCAAGUAUUGUACUUUGGUGAUCAUCCAUACAGCGAUCUGGCAGACGUAACUUUAGAACAUGGCUGGCGAACAGGCGCAAUAAUAAAAGAAUUGACGCACGAAAUCGAAACCUUGAAUGAUCCGAAGUUCAAAGAAAACGCGAACUGGCUCCAGAUGUUAACUGGUUUAAUUGAAGAACAUCAGGAUUAUGAAGGACCUGAAGUGCAAAAUGAACUGGACGAAUGGAUGAGGGAACGGGAUCAAUUAAGAAACGAGAUUAAAUCUGUCUUCAACGAACAAUUCGGCUCGGUGUUCAGAACAUAUCAUAAUCCGACUUAUUUCUCUAGAAGACUGUUUAGAUUCGCCGAUAUCUAUAUGAGCUCGAUCACAAACCUAUUAGAAUACUCCACAAGUCAUACGUUUUAUCCUAGGAGAGGUGUAAUGCCUCACGAAUAUACUAGUUAUUUCGUAUAAAAUGUCUAUGUUUUUAGAAAUAUUUAUUGUUCUUAUGUAAACGCUUUUAGGGCGUACAACCAAAAUAUUUUACAGAGAAUAGUAUUUUCGAUGAGAAAAGUCCAAUGUAUUCAAUGUCAUAAUAUAAAGCCUUCAUAAUGUCAAGCCAACAGAAAAUUACCAGUUCUGUUCACAAUACUUCCGCCUUAUUAUUAGGUAUGCAUGCAUAAUUUACGUGUAUAUGCAAUGUGUAAUCUAUAUCGAUCACCAUUAAUGCGCUUUUACAGCCGCGUAGUUACAGAUAAUCUGCAUCGAAAUGUAAUGUAUGUAAACGUGAUAAAACGGACGGGCAUAGAGAUCACGAAGGCUGUUACGUUAUUAUUAUUACCAUGACAAUAGCUGUAUUAUGUAAAAUGAAGUUGUAAGGAGUAAAUGUACAGAAUAGGAAAAGUCGAGCGAUUAUACACAAAGUAUUAUUGAACUACGAAACUCAUUGGAUAUUUUAAGAUUUAAUAAUUAGAGUUUAUUUUUCGUAAAUGAUAUAAAGA